AUGGCUCGCACGAAGCAGACGGCGCGCAAGUCGACGGGCGGCAAGGCCCCGCGCAAGCAGCUGGCCACCAAGGCGGCCCGCAAGAGCGCGCCGGCCACCGGCGGCGUCAAGAAGCCGCACCGCUACCGGCCCGGCACGGUGGCCCUGCGCGAGAUCCGCCGCUACCAGAAGUCCACGGAGCUGCUGAUCCACUCGUUCGUCAACGACAUCUUCGAGCGCAUCGCGGGCGAGGCGUCGCGCCUGGCGCAUUACAACAAGCGCUCGACCAUCACGUCGCGCGAGAUCCAGACGGCCGUGCGCCUGCUGCUGCCCGGCGAGCUGGCCAAGCACGCCGUGUCCGAGGGCACCAAGGCCGUCACCAAGUACACCAGCUCCAAGAGAACCUCACCUUCGUUGCAAGUUUUGAGACCCGGAGGCCGGCCGAGCGGGGGCAGCAUGGUGGGACCUCCGGCUACCUGGUGGCAACGCGGUGGGGACAGCGAGGUCGGGCCUCCGGGGACGCAAGCGGGGAGCGGAGGAGGAAUGGCCCGAUGGCGCCCUCUGCUGGCCGUCCCGGAGAAAAGGCAAGGUGAGGCUUAGGCGGCCUUCGGUUGCCAUAGAAACUCCUUUAGCGCCUAGGGCACAGAGGUCUUCAAGAAGGGUAAUUUCCAAAAACCAAAGACAAACCAAAAGACCAGGUACUAUUAUAACUCUUAUACGAAUAUAAAAGUUUUGAGACGGUU